AAAGAGGCCUACAAAAAGUACAUCAAAGAUUACAUGAAAUCACUCAAAGGCAAACUUGAAGAACAGAAACCAGAAAGAGUAAAGCCUUUUAUGACUGGGGCUGCAGAGCAAAUUAAGCACAUCCUUGCUAAUUUCAAUAACUACCAGUUUUUUAUUGGUGAGAACAUGAAUCCAGAUGGCAUGGUUGCUCUCCUGGACUACCGUGAAGAUGGUGUGACUCCAUACAUGAUUUUCUUCAAGGAUGGCUUAGAGAUGGAGAAAUGUUAACAAAUUGGAUCUAUCACCUGUCACCAUAACCGGCUGCUGCUUCCCAUUCAUACAACACCAGGACUUAGGACAAAUGGGACUGAUGUCACCUUGAGCUCUUAUUUUGACCAUGAUUUAUCUGGAGUGGAGACAUUGUUUUUUUCUUUUUUCCUUUUUUUCUUUAAAGAAAAAACAUGUCAUGUAGGUUGUCUAAAAAUAAAGUGCAUUUAAAUUCA